AUGGCCCGACAUAUUGAGGACCUGGACAACAGGGGGCGCCGCAAUAACUUAAGACUGCGCGGCCUCCCUGAAACUGAGGACUCCCCCCAGCAGCUACAAGAAAUCCUCCUUGAAAUAUUAAAUGAGAUCCUAGGCCGAGACCACCAGGCACCCAUAGAAUUU